CCGGAAGGUUUCCCUGAAAUCGGAAGUAGAAGAAGACACCGGGCUAGUUGUUGCUAAAUGACGCUAGCACAGCGCGCUAGUCGGCAGCAUUAAAUCUACACAAACGGGCGAAUUCGCUUGCUUCUGAAAGUUUUCAGACUUCGAUCCAAGGUCCUGUGCCAUUGGUCUUGAGUUCAUCCUCUACGACUAUGACGGCAGCAUCUCUGCUUUAGAUUUGUACUUUAAUCUAAAUUAAGACAUUUGAUGUGGAUGGACUAAGUGUUCGAUUGGGACUAGGAUUAGAAUCAGGACCAGCUCCACAGCUCAUUCUGAAAACAAGAAGUGAUCUUAAAGUCCGCAGGUGCCCCCAUUCUGUGUCAGCAGUGCCACUCAAAUCAACCACCAUGUCAGAUGGCCGGAUCUAUGUGGGGAACCUUCCCAUUGAUGUCCAGGAGAGAGACAUCGAGGAUCUCUUCUACAAAUAUGGGAAAAUCCGCGAUGUUGAAUUGAAGAACAAUAGAGGCACUAUCCCCUUUGCCUUUGUCCGAUUUGAAGACCCACGGGACGCGGAUGAUGCCGUCUAUGGAAGGAAUGGAUAUGGGUAUGGAGACUCCAAACUGCGUGUUGAGUAUCCCCGCUCUACUGGUGCUAAAUUUGGUCCCAUGGGAGGAGGAGAAGGUGGUGGAGGAAGAGGAGGUGGAGGAGGAGGAAGAGGUGGAGGAGCAGAAGGAGCACCUAGGGGAAGGUUUGGACCCCCAACUCGAAGAUCUGAAUUCCGCGUCAUAGUGACUGGGUUACCACCAAGUGGGAGUUGGCAGGAUCUGAAGGAUCACAUGCGCGAGGCAGGCGAUGUUUGUUUUGCUGAUGUGCAGCGAGACGGAGAGGGGGUCGUGGAGUUUCUCCGCAGGGAGGACAUGGAGUAUGCUUUACGCAGACUGGAUAGGACCGAGUUCCGUUCACAUCAAGGUGAAACUACUUACAUCCGUGUCUUUGAGGAGAGGGGGGAGAGAGGAGAGAGGGCAGAGCGAGGAGAGAGGGGGGAGAGGGGCACUCCCAACUGGAGUCGCUCCCGUUCCCGCUCCAGAUCCAGAGGCCGCUAUUCAUCCCCCUACAACAACCGAGGAUCUCCUCCUCCACGCUACCAGUCGCCUCCACGCCACGCCAUGGCGCGCCAUAGUCCACCCCCCCGGAGGCACCCUCCACAGCACCAUAGCCCACCACCACGUCACUAUCGGUAGAAAGACCUGUCAUUUACCAAGGAAUUGGGGAAAGUGUUUUGUAAUUCUUUUAAUUUUAAUUUUUUUUUACCCCAGUCCUCCUUAUAGGAUUCCCCAAUGUUACCUCUUGCUACAUACAUUCCACAGUCAGGAUCCCCUGAACAUCAUGCCUCUUCCCACAGCCUUAAAAUACAUUUUCCCAUUUAUUUUAAAAACAAUAAUAUGUUUUGUGGAAGCAGGAUUUAUUCCCCCCCCCCCCCC